UAACAUAAUUUAUUUUAACUAUAAAAAUUAAUUGAAUUGACUCUAAAUAAACAAACGAAAUACUAAAAAAACAACGGAAGGAGUAUGAUCCAAGAUUGAGUUAAUAAUUAAAAUUCCUAGUGUUUUGAUGAGGUGGCGUUUAAUCAAACAUCCAUAUUUGAUGGAUCCAAUAUUGAGUUAUAUAUAAUAAUUAAAAACCUUACUGCUUUUGUGUAUUGAGCCGAAAGAGGGAGAAUAUUUGGGUGUCUUAAAUAACAAAUUAAAUCAAUAAAAAAGAAAAAGAAAAAAACAACUACUAUAUAGCUUUAUGUCACCGCCAUUAUUUAUUUAAUUUGUUUAUUUCUGUGGUUGUAUCACAAUCCAUGAUUGCUUGUAAUGUUAAUUUAAUUUAAUACAUAUAUGUUCAUGACACUGGAUGUAUAUGUUAUAAAAAUAGUAUUUUAUUUGCUAAAUUAAUGAUUGUAUUAGCUGCUCAUCAUGUGAUUGGCAAAAUGCUUAUGAUUCUAGUAAAGUCGUACCCCAUUUUAGAUUUCACAUGCACUAAAAUUAUUAAAGCUAAAAAAAAAAAACCAAACUUAGCUCAAUGGAUCUCUCUAUAAUAUAUUAAUUAAUUGUCUCUUGAUUAUGAUAUCAUCUAUAUAAUAAAAUGAAAUUGCAGAGGAACAAGAUCUGAUGAGUCAUAUUUUUCGAUAGCGAAUCGAUCGGUUAUAUAUUGUUAAUAUCAUCAAUCUUUGUUGCAAAAGAUGGAUGAACAUGGAGGAGGAGGAAGCAAGGUGACAGGUAUAAGGCAAAUUGUGAGGCUUAAAGAGUUGUUACAUAAAUGGCAAAAUGUGACACUUAGUCCUAAAGGUACUAAUUCAUGUCAUGAGCAUGAUCAACACCCUCUUCAAUCAUCAAAUAUUGAUAGUAGUAGUGGCAAUUUUCAUGGAGGUAUAUCACCAGCUAUUACUAAGAGGCUAAAGAACUCCAUUAAUGUGUAUUGUGAUUCGGACGACGAGAGUUGCCAGAGUCCAGAGCCACCCCAUGGUGUUCCUAAAGGUUAUUUAGGAGUAUAUGUUGGACCUGAGCUUCGUAGGUUCAUAAUACCUACAACUUACUUAAGUGAUCCUUUGUUCAAAGUGUUGUUGGAAAAAGUUGAAGAAGAAUUUGGAUUUGAUCAUACUGGUGGACUUACUAUACCUUGUGAGAUUGAGACUUUUAAGUACUUGUUGCAAUGCAUGGAGAGUCAUCAAAGAGGUGUUGAUCCUCAACAUGAUUCUUGUGGUUUAAUUGGAAAUCAUUUGAUGGUUUUGGAUGCAGCUGGAUCUUCAUUGGCGAUUAAGGGGUGAUUAACUACAAUGGUCUUAGUGAUGCAUCAAUCUUUAAUUAGGGAUUUUUAUUUCUUGUUUUUAAUUUUCCUUAAUUCUUCUGGUGUUAAUUAAGCUAAGAUGAUCUUCAUGUAAUGUAGAUUUUCACAAUUCUUUUUUCUCUCUCUCUUUUACUUCUACCUUUGUAUUCAAAGUUAGAAGUAACAAGGUUAGAUAUUUUUUAACAAGGUUCAUUGGCAACAAAAACCUUUGACCUUUUGCUGGAAAUAACCUACAAUAUUUUAGUGGUUAUUGACCCUUGCAUUUUUAGGCAAGUCUAUUUACAUCUUUUGGCUUGUAUUUUCUUAUUUCUUUAUCAUAUUUUUGUACUAUCAUGUUUUGAAUCUCUCUCUUUUCUUUA